UGAAACGCGAAAGAAUAAGAAAACACUUGUCGUCGCCUCGUUUUUCGUUGAUGUAGUUACAACCGAUCAUGUGUGGCCGCGAGGGACGUAAAUGAGAGAGCAAUUAUGGUGACUGAGUGGGCAAUCGAAACGGGUCGUGUUUUAAGCAGUUCUUUCAAUGCAACGCUAUUGCAACGAAAAGCCGUUGCUUUGGUGCAGUUUGGCUUUCCUGCAAGAUACCGUCACUCGUCUGUGUUUUCGAAAUAGGAUCGUGCGAAGUGGUGGAAGUGAUUUUACGAAGACGUUUUGAAAGCAAGAGGUUGAAGAGGCUCUAAUCGCAAUCGGGUGUAGUCAAUCGCACUACGUGUUGUAAUUAGCUCGGUUUUUUGCACCAUCGUGGAGUAAGACGAAACAUGUCGUUUUUCGGGAUUUUCUCGUACCCCUCUCCCGCGGAGGGAGAGGGAUACGUGCCGGCCAUCAAAGCUACCCCGGACGAAGACGAUGGCUUCGCUGUCGUAACCGGAACCCGAACGGCCAGCAUGAAGCGAGCGCCGGGAAUUUCGCACGAGGGAGCCAGCCGAGCGGGCAUUUUCAUCUCCACCCUUCGCAAAGAAACCGAGAACAACAUUGACGUUCUGAAGAAGGAGCACUUGGAAAUCGACGCUGAAGAGGAACGGAAGGCAGCUCAGCACGCUUCUUUGAAAGCUGCAAAAAAGCAGAAGCUCGAAGCUGCGAUCGACGCCUUGAAGGCCGAGCACAACGAGGAAGAAUCGGCGGACGAUCGAGCCUUCAACGAGGAGAUGAAAGAGAUUCACGCGAACAAAAAGAAGGUUGCCGACAAGGUAAGUAAGUAGGCUUUUUUUCAUGAUAAAUUGUCAUAUACUGCUCCAACACCGAACCUAGCUGUGGCUCUGGCGUCGGGCGGCGUGUUGUGGAGACAGCAAAAUAUCCCAUCUGCGGAGCCCGGACUAGAAAUAAAGUACUUAAAAUGGUGUACUUAAGCAGUACGUAAGUUACUAGAUCUGGUUGUGGAUGGAUUUUUCUGUUUCUUCAUUAUCAAUUACAAAACUUGAAACUCAAUAAACUUUACAGAUUUCUUGGGAAAAAGAGGAGCGCGAGAUCUUGCAGGACUGCAUGCAAGCUGUUGACAAGGUCGCGAAGAUCGAUAAACCCUUCGCACUGGUCGACAACGAACACUUCACCGCUGAGGAUCUCGCAUCUCUGCAGACCGAGCUUCCCUCGUCGAGUGCUGCGUCGUCCGCAUCGUCGCCGAGCGUGGCCCCGGCUGGGGCUGAGGGCUCAACCACGUCCGCUUUGACCCCGGGUGUCGAAUCGGGUGAGAUUGAAAUGCAAGUGGACAUCAUUGUCUCGAGCUCUUCCUCUUCCACCUCGAUUGCUGCAGCUGCUGCGUCGGACCAAUCGAUGACCGGGGAAAAUUUGAAUUCCAAGAAUGGGGCCGGUAGUUCGUAGCUGAUCAUGAUAGCGUUUUGUUGUGCGUGAUUGUACUUUGGUGCACUACUGUGACUGUCGAAUUCAACGAAUUCCACUUUCGAUUUUCAUUUUCAAGAUUGAUGAGAAGCCCUGCCAGCACGGAAAGAAAAAUGUUUUUCAGGUGUUUCUUCGGCGAUGUCCUCGUCCAGUACGUUUUCUGCCGCAUCGGUGUUCGCCGGUUCAAGUGAUGCGACGCGGGCGUUUGCGUUUCCGCGGCCUGCGGUGGAGGAGAUUACGGAAAAGAACGACUCGCACUAGUACUGCGGAUGCCGUGUCGACAUGAUGACCACCUUCAGGUAUUUCUUACACAUUGUUUCUGUGCAACAUACUUAAAUGAGGUGCUACUUUCUUCAUGAUGAUCAUGGGCAUGCGGUUUUUAUGGAGGAAAGAUCAAGGACAGCGAGUCAACUACUUUGUCACAAUUCCGCAGGUGGCGUACUCUCUCAUCACUUCAAGCUCUAGUUUUUCGAUCUCAUGGACCACUACGCCAAGUUGAUGCUACUGUCUGAGAAAGAAUCUCAAGAAGCCGGAUUGAUGCUACUGUUGGUGUGCCAGCGCCCACGAUUACUAUGUAUUAGUCGGAGUAAUGACACAACUCUUACUCGCUUUCGUAUCGCUUUCCUUUGCAAGAACAUACGCCGGUCACAAAUGUAUCAUCAAAAUUGUUUUGUUAGUGCAAGAAGCUACUUCUAAUUAAGGUUAGGACAGUCGGUCGCAGUAUUUUGUCAAAUCAGUGAACGUGGUCGCUAUCGUAACAGAUUUAUUCAUUCAUCAAGUACGUACUAGGUUUUUACAGAGUUUCGCACUAUAGACGAGAACCAAUGUGACUUUCACUUUUCAAUGAGCAACAGCCGCCGUUUUACCGAAUUCGCAUGCAAAUUCAAAUUGCAAUAGCAACAUCUUCAAGAAUAAAGAGGUAUAUGAAAGAACGGAGCUUCUGUUUGUUGACGUCUGGAUUUAGAUUUUCUCCUUGACUUUUCGAAUGAAAAUUAAACAAUAUCGAAUUUUCAUCACGAUGAAAUUAAAAAUCAAAAUCUAGUCGCAGACAUUUUAUGUAGCGUUCAUACCUGAGCUUUUGAUUUGCGUAUCCCGCGUCGCAAGUGCUCGUGUUGAAGAAAGGUAAGUACACAAGACGCUAGUUGCAGCAGCCAAAGCAUCUCAUUCCCAUUGCCCUCACCUUGUUGAGUAUUGUGCGAAAAUUGAGCAACAUUGCCCAUUCCAAAACCUAGAAUAGCAAUGUUGUCUAGCGGUGUCCUAGAUGCAAGUGCGAGGCAAACGUGAAGAUCGGACCUAUUUUUAUACUCCCACUUUAUGAUAUGCAAGUUCAGAUCAGGACUCAAACUCAAUCUCAAACUGAAAGUCUGCGAAA